AUGGAGUGGCCGUGCUCCGUUUCCAUUCAUCGGGGCCGUGAUAUGGCGGCACGACCUCCUACGAUGUCUGCGGCAGGCGAAAAAGUCGUGAUGUUCCCGCUUGAGAGGCAGUCUCAGGUCUCAGUGGUGGCGGUCUCCAUCGCCUUCAUCAUCAUACCGACUGUCAUGGUCACUCUGCGCCUCAUCUCAAGGCGCAUAGCGAAUCGGGCUAUGGAUGGGAGCGACUGGUGUAUCAUCGCAGCAUGUGUCUUCUCCAACGCUCUCCAAGCCGUCUCGAUUGUCAGCGUGGUGCAAUGCGGCGUUGGUUUAAGCAACGCCGACGUCGUCCCCAAGUACGGCUCCGGGCCGAUCAUCAAAUUUCUCAAGGUCCUUCUCGCCCAGCAGAUUCUUUGGGCGAUUAGUCUCAGUCUCUGCAAGAUCGCCAUCCUUCUCCUCUAUUCCAAGAUCUUCAGCACACAUGCGAUGGCCAUGGCGGCAAGGAUCAUGGUUGGCUUCACCGCUGUAUGGACCGUGGUCACCAUUCUCGUGGCGAUCUUAAUCUGCCGCCCUCUAUCAGACAACUGGCUGCUUGACAUCAUGAACCGCAACUGCGGAAACCAGCCGGCGGCUGACGGGACAAUGGGGGUCUUGAACAUGAUUACCGAUAUCAUUGUUCUCAUCAUGCCCAUUUCACACCUGUGGAAGCUGCGCCUUGAGACGUACAAAAAAGUCGCUCUCAUCGUGACGUUUUCUCUGGGGGUCUUUACAUGCGUCGUAUCAGCUUUGCGACUGUACUACCUUGCCAACCUUGAGUACUACGACAUCAUACUCAACAUCCCCAGCGCCCUCAUCUUCAGUGCCCUUGAGCCUGGCGUCGGCAUCACACUGGCCUGCAUUCCGUUUCUUCGGCCUUUGUUGGGCCGGUCCGCGUACUCGGCCAAGGGCACUGCGAACUACUGCAGCUCCAAUGGACAUACUGCGAGACUGGGCUUGGGCGACCGAGAAACGAACGGAUUCGUUAUCGUCAGUAGCAGCUCGUCUCAAUACCCGCUCCAGGAGUACGAUCAAAAAAGCCAAAUGCCGGAGAUCCCUGGCAAUCUUUCGUACAGCAGGGGUAGUAGCGCUUAA